UCCUGGAAAGUGACAGUUCAAAGUCCUAAAGUCAGUCUGGCAGAGAGAGGAGGAAGAGAGAGCAGCCAUGGCUUCUGCUUCUUACAUGGAGGAUUUGACUUGUUCUAUCUGUCUGACUAUCUUCACUGAUCCGGUGAGCCUUCUCUGUGGCCACUCUUUCUGCAAAGAAUGUAUCACCAUCUCUCUGAGCAAAAAGGACCAGUGUCCACAGUGUCGGACAACUGUUCCAAUAGAGGAGAAAUAUCUCCCAACCAGCCACAUUCUGAAAAGCCUUGCUGACAAAGCUAAAGAAGCUGAGAAGAUGAAGACAGAACAGGGAGAUGAGACCACAGGAGUUGCUCAGUUCUUGUGCCCUGAGCAUGAAGAAAAGCUGAAACUGUUCUGUGAAACAGAUCAACAAUUAGCCUGCGUCAUAUGCCGAGAUGGGGAGAGGCAUAAUGGACACAAAUUUAAACCAAUCAGAGAAGCAGCUACACCUCUGAGGCGGGAGCUGGAGAAGGGUAUGGGGCACCUUUCUGCUGAAAUCCAUGCCAUAGAGAGCUUAGCCAACAUGCAGAGAGAAGAAAUAACAAAAAUCCAGGUGAAGUCCCAGCAGCUGAUGACCCAAAUCAGCACCCAGUUUGAGGAGAUGCACCAGUUUCUGAGACAGAGAGAAGAGGAGAUAAAGAAUGAGCUAAAGGAGAAAAAGACAGAGGCUGUAGAGGAGAUGACUGAGAAGUUUAAGGCGAUGGACCUGGCUUUGUCUGAGAGGAGAGAGCUGCAGGUGAAGGUGACAGCAGCUCUGGAAAUUUGCGACUCAGUGAAGUUCUUGCAGAGCUGGACUGAAGUGAACAACAUGCUGACUCCAGAGUGUUUGUUCAGGCCCAGAGCAAAUGAUCUGCAGGUGGCCCGCACUUCUCUCAGUUUGGGUCCUUAUGAAAGUCACCUGCAGUUCUUUGUGUGGAAGGAGAUGCUUCAGGUGGUCAAGCCCCGGGCAGAGCUGCUCUCACUGAAAAGAGAAAAUACAGAUGUAACUGUGUCUGAUGACGGCCGCAGUUUGCUUUCUGCUCCCAAAAGCAGCCAAUCUCAGCCUUGUUGCUUUUCUGGCUCUAAUCUGUAUCAACAAUAUCAGUAUAAUACAGGUUCAUAUGGCUCCACCCAAGCCAGGAGUUCUUUGGAAUAUCGCUCUAUGGAUGCAUGGGCACACCCUGAAUUUGGCUCUACCCAUGCACCUCCAACAUUUGGUGGUUCAUCAUUUAGUGGGUGGCAUGAUAACAACUCUUUUGCUGUCAAGACAAAUCAGGCAUUCAGUGUCAAUGAGUUCAGCUCAGGGCAGCAUUACUGGGAGACAGAGGUUGGACUGAGGAAUUACUGGGAAUUAGGGGUGAAAGGUCAUUUCCUCAAGUAUGAUGGCCAAAAAUAUGUCAUCUCCAAUCAGUCUUCAGAAACAGAGCUGACAUUUCCAGAUAGACCUCGAAAGAUUGGGAUUUACCUAAACUGCUCCUCCAAGGAGCUUUCCUUCUACGAUGCAGACAAGAUGAAACAUGUUCAUACUCUGAGCUCAAGUCUCAUGUCCCUGCCAGUGUCAGCUUAUUUUAACACUGGACCCAGUGAGGACAUAGAUCCUAACCCUCUGACAGUGUGCUGUUACUGA